AGGCUGGCCAAAGGCACAACCUGAGUUACAUAAGGCGUCGAGGUUUGGAGGCCUGACCAUUUGCCUCUGCUUCAAAAUACUCUUUUUGAGAAAUAUUGCAGACUUCCAAGAGUAGUUGAGAGAUUGAUGUCCUCAGUAUCCAGGAGAUGGGGCAUCAUACAAGGUUGUUAAAAAACCUCAGUCGAAGAGAACCCCAAAAGCUUGGUUUAGCAUUCCUCGUGGGAUGCCUUCUGGUCUUGAUGACCCUCUUUGCAGUCUCCAAACUUUUUGUUAUUCCUCUCCCUUCUUUGAGUCUCUGGUUACCAAAUCAUGCUGUUCCACCUGAUAUCAUGGCGGAGGAUAAAAUUGGUCUUCUUCAGCCAGAUGCAAGAAACCAAAAUGUGAAAAAGAAACAAGAGAGAAUGCCACUCUGCGAUUUUUCUAGUCAAAGAUCAGACGUUUGUGAGAUGGAUGGUGAUAUUAGGAUCCAUGGGAAUUCUUUCUCCAUUCUCUUAUUGGCAUCUUCCAAUAAUAAGACUUCAGAAACACAUGAAUCAUGGCGGAUAAAACCUCAUGCUCGAAAGCACGACAAGUUCAUACUGUCUCAUGUUGCUGAAAUGUCUGUGAAAUCUUUGACUGCCUUUGAACAAGUCCCUGCAUGUGCAGUCAAUCACACUAUUCCUGCAAUCAUCUUCUCAACUGGUGGGUAUAUGGGAAACCCCUUCCAUGACUUCACUGAUGUACUCAUUCCUCUUUUCAUAACAUCCCGCCAAUACAAUGGAGAAGUUCAGUUUCUCAUCAGUGAAAUUGUGCCAAACUGGAUUACAAAGUACCAGCCAAUCCUAAAACAGCUCUCUCAUUACGAAAUCAUUGACUUCAACAAGGAUGACAUGGUUCGUUGCUACCCUCAUGCAAUCGUAGGUCUUAGAUUUCACAAGGAGAUGAGCAUUGAUCCCUUGAAAGCUCCAAAUGGCCGAACUAUGGUUGACUUUGCACAGUUUAUGAGAACUUCUUUUGCACUGGAGAGACAAAGCGCAAUCAAGCUAGGACCUGAUCAAGAUAAGAAGCCUAGGCUUCUAAUAAUCUCAAGGAAGUGGACGCGGUCAUUCACAAAUGCCCAGGAAAUUGUUCAAAUGGCAGAAGGAUUGAGCUUUGAAGUGGUUGUAGCGGAGGCGAAUUCAUCAUCCAGCUUGGUCGAUUUUGCACAGCUAGUGAACUCAUGUGAUGUGAUGAUGGGAGUUCAUGGGGCGGGACUCACGAACCUCGUAUUCCUUCCAACUAAUGCAACAGUGAUUCAAGUAGUUCCUUUGGGUGGAUUGGAAGGGAUAGCUUGGGCUGAUUUUGGAGUGCCUUCGUUGGACAUGAAGCUGAGGUACUUGCAGUAUGCGAUAAGUGAAGAGGAGAGCACACUUAUAGAGCAGUAUCCUAGAGACCACGCAGUGUUUAAAGACCCUACCUCAAUUCAGAACCAAGGAUGGCUUGCUCUGAGGUCUAUAUAUUUGGUAAAACAAAAUGUGAAGCUUGACGUGGUCAGGUUCAAGGGUGUCUUAUUGCAAGCUCUUGAUUUUCUCCAUCAAUAAAACUCUGGACUCUUUGGUUAUA